CACACACUAGGGCGCCAGGCAGCGGCGUCGGUCUCGCUCCAGCCGCGCUGCCGCCCCUGGUUGUCGCCGCAUCCCGUGGGUGUAGAAGGGGAAGGGCCAUGAACCUGGGAGAUGGAUUAAAGCUUGAAACUGAAAUUUUGGAUGGAAAACCUAGGCUAAUUUUGGCUUCAUAUGUGGGUAAAUCAAAAUCCACAGUUAAGAUGGAUAAUAAAGCUAAAAUCCUCAAACAUACAUUGAGAACAAAACAGUCUGGACAUGUUCUGAAAUCAACACAAAAUUCCUGUGUCAAGCAUGAACAUAUUUUAGCAAAACCCAGAAGUGGAUCAAGAUGGUCAGCAAUAAAAGGUGAAAAAAACUGUGUGACUUUGUCAUCAUCUAAAGAUUCAUCAAAGGAAUCCUUAAAUAAAAACCAUGCUUUGAUUAUCCAAAAAGACAACACAACUGGAAUGCCGGAUUUACAGAACCCUAAUAAAAUUGCUGUUAAAAAGCCCAAACAGAAGUCUCAAAAACCUCAUAUCUCAGGUGAAGAUCUAAGGAACAAUUUGGUGUGUUUAACACAAGAGCAACUUGAACAGAUUCUGAUGACUGUAAAACAAGGAACCAAAAUUGAGUCCCAGGCCCAGGAGGAAAAGCAAGAAGAAACAAGCCAAAACAAAAACUCUGAUAGUAGCACUGCUGCUAAUCAGGCCCCACAAGAGGAGAACAUUAUGGGAUUACUCCAAAAAGCUGAUGAAGUUUCAUCUGUUCCAAAUGAAAAUAAUUAUGCCUCAGGCAGAAAACAAGCAGCAUCUGAGCAGACUGAACAGAAAGUUAUUAAGAAUUCAUGGAAACCAGCUGACAUGUUUAGUACCCUAGGUGAAAGAGAAGAGGAUAAAAUUUUGUUAGACGCAAAGAAGUCCCAAUGGAAGAAGGAACUAGAUGAACAGAUAGCUUUAAAGAAGAAAUUAAAAGAAACUUUGGAGCGACAGACGAAAUACUACCAUUGGGAGAAAACGGAUGGUGAUGGUGAUAAAACCCAUUUGGAAAAACUGAAGCCAGUUAAUCAAGCUAAAAUGACAUUUCCAGCUGAUUUGAGCAUUGCUACUGAGGAAAACCACAUUUUUAGAACCACUUUGGUCACAGAGGCUAGUGAAGUUGUACCCAGUGUUUCAAGUGGACCAACUGGACAGUCAUCUAAUUUCAGUUCUCCUGACUUGCCAGCUGCCAUUCGUACAGCAUUUGUGUUAGGGGAAGCUACACCAGUGGAGCACCCCUUUAGUGCCAUGAAACGAGAACAACAGAAGAAGUGGCUUCUAGAUCUGGACAAACAAAAGGAAGAGGCUAAACUACGAAAAAUAGAGGAAAAACAUAAUUUAUCAAAGGCUGAGGAGCAUGAGAGAUGGGCAGUGCAUUUUGAUUCUUUGAAGAACUACUCUCGUGCUAAUCCACAACACCCCAUAAAUGGAACAUACACCAAGCAGCCUGAAAUUCUUUGCCUGUCCCCCGAAUCUCAGGCCCUGACUGCUGUUAUUCAUCCUUUUACACCUGCAGCUUUAGGCCAUCUCAUACAUUCAAAGGUGGAGAAUGUAGAAAAAACUGUUGAGAACACUACUUCGGAACAAAGUCAAAAAGCCAGUUUUCUACGGUCAAUGACAGCUCUCUUGGAUCCUGCACAAAUUGAGGAAAGAGACAGGAGGCGGCAGAAACAGUUAGAACAUCAGAAAGCUAUAAUGGCUCAAGUAGAGGAAAAGCGAAGAAAGAAGCAGCUGGAGGAAGAGCAAAGAAAAUGGGAAGAACAACAAGAAGAACACCGCUUAGCACGAGAACGAGAACUGAUGCAAAAACAGUUUGAAGAGGAUAUGCUCAAACAAAAACAAAAGGAAGAAAUCAUGACUCUUAAAACAAAUGAGCUCUAUCAGACAAUGCAGAGAGCACAAGAACAGGCACAGAGAUUAAAACAGGAACAACGUAUUCGAGAGUUGGCUCAAAAAGGACAUGACAUCUCAAAACUGCAGAAGAAUCUUGGGGGUGAUAAAAUAUGUGAGAGUUAUAAUACUGGCCUUUCAAAUGUAAGUCAUGAUCAUUGUUCUGAUGAAGUGAGCAGUAAGAUGCAUCAAGAUGUAAAAACCGUAACCUCUCCUCGGAAAGAUACUGCUGUGCAGACAGAUGACUUUGACACCAGAGCAUACAUCAGAACUGAAACAUGUACUGAGCCAGUUGUAGAAAGAAGAACUGUGGACUGUACAUCUCCAGAUAUUUCCAUAGAAUAUAAAGAGAAAUUUAACAUCAAAAAAUGCAAGAAAGAAAUGCAGUAUCCAGAUAAAACUAAAAUUUCAGAAAAAGAGAAUAACGGCAGUUACACUGAUUUAUAUAACCAAUUUGCAAGAAAAGAGAAACAAACAAAACCUAUGGAAAAAUAUGGUAAGAGACCCGACUGGAACAUAAACAAACCUGGGAAAAGGUAUAUUCCAGCAUCAGAAAGAUACCCUAGACGGCUACAAAAGCAAAGGGAGGAAAAGAAAGUAAGACGACAGAUAGAGCUGCUUCAGUUGGUAGAAAGAAAUACUCCUGGCAAACUCUGCCAAAAGAAAGAAGUCUCUCCAGAAAGGUCUCCUUCACCUCACCAGGAAACUAAUACAAAGAGUAAGGGACAUGCAGUCACAAAGGAGGAACAAUCUCAGAAGAGUCAUUUGAAUGAAGAAAGAUCUGAAUCACCACCUGUUCCAGCAGUUAAAAACAGAUUAUACCAAGUACAACAAAGGCAGAUAAAUACUUCUAAUUUCCCAAUUCAGAAUGGCAAUAGCGGAAGAGAGAAAAAUAUCAACACAGACAUGCAACAGAGCAAAUCGUCUUCUCCAGUUAUUGAAGCUGAACGGCCACCCUCUUCUCAUUUUAUUCCCUAUGUGCGAACAAAUGAAAUUUAUUACCUUGAUCCAGAUGCACCAAUGACUAGACCUUCAACACAUGAUCCACAAUAUCGACAGUUUAAUGAUUCUUGCCAUACACCACGACAGAUUUUUAGUUCUGAUCAUGUGAGAGAUCCACUUCUUAAUCCUAAUGUGGUGAAAAACAGAGACCGACAACAGGCAAUCCUCAAAGGACUAUCAGAAUUACGCCAGGGUCUCCUCCAGAAGCAGAAGGAGUUGGAGACUGGUCUAAUUCCAACCAUAAAUCAAGAAGAAAACUUUAUUUCUCCAUUUUAA